ACACUGACUCGCGUUUUUUUCCGUGCGAUUUUGCGAUUUCUAUCGCGUUGUUGCAAAUAAGUUCAGAAUUCUUAACUUUUUGCAGUAAUGCGUCAGCAAUAUUGCAUGAUAUUUAAUAACACUAAGGUGCUUGCCACAGUGUGGCUCAGCGGCCAGCGCAUCCACUUGCACUAGAUGAACAUUUUCUGGCAUCGCCAAGAGCAUCGCAUUCUCGCAUAAUCGCAAAAUUGCACAGAAAAUCACUAAGGUUUGAAGUCGAGUUACUCCAUCAACACACUCACACACAGAUAAUAUGGCGCAGAGGACGGGAUCAGGCUGGCCUCGGACACAGUCAAACAUCAAGCCUUUGACAGACUCGUCAAACUCCAUCAAAACCAUCAAUCUGUACCCGCUGACCAACUACACAUUCGGCACCAAAGAGGCGCUGUUCGAGCGCGACUCGUCCGUGGCGGCGCGCUUCCAGCGCAUGCGAGAGGAGUAUGAGAAGCAGGGCAUGCGUCACAGCGUGGACGCCGUGCUGCUGGUGCACGAGCACGGCUUACCACACGUCCUGCUGCUCCAGCUGGGCUCCACAUUCUUCAAACUACCCGGCGGUGAGCUGCGACAGGACGAGGACGCCGUGGACGGCCUAAAGCGGCUGCUGACGGAGAUCCUGGGACGACAGGACGGCGUGCAGCAGGACUGGGUGAUCGAGGACUGCAUCGGAACCUGGUGGAGGCCCAACUUCGAGCAGCCCCAGUACCCCUACGUGCCGCCGCACAUCACCAAACCCAAGGAGCAGAAGAAACUGUUCCUGGUGCAACUGGGAGAGAAAGCGCUGUUCGCCGUACCCAAGAACUACAAGCUGGUAGCGGCGCCGCUGUUUGAGCUCUAUGACAACGCCCAGGGUUACGGGCCUCUCAUCUCGUCACUGCCUCAGGCUCUGUGUCGGUUCAACUUCGUGUACCAGUAGUACCCCGGGCAGCAGAACGCUACUCCAUCGUCUCAGCUAGUGACUCUUCGGUACCAGGGUACCUCUGUACCGCUGUACCACGGAGGUACACUGUACCACAGCCUGCUCGUGACCACACCGCUAGAAGUUCAAACCCGGUCUUGCAGCGCUUUUCCUCUCGCCGUGCUGCGAAGAUUAUUGGUGUGACAUAGGACACAGCUGUGGCGCCUCUGGCAUUGUCGAUUCCGCUCACAAAGUGCUUGGGUCGAGAUUGUGCACUAUCGGAUCAUAUUCAUUGUCAUGUUUGUGACAGUCUUCUGGCAUUUAUGUAGAAAAUAAACCGAGACCAAAUCAUCA